CUCGAGGCGGAAGUAAUCAGCUGACUCUGGAGUCAUGUGGUUAGUGGGCCUGGCUGCGUCAGAUGCUGGUGUAUUUUCUUCUAUUUCUUUUCCCUGCUGCUUUAACAUGCUUGAUCUGAUUUUGCUUCACUUCCUAGCCGUAGGAUUUGGAUCACCGGUUACAUCCCAGAGAAACUUUGAAAUUGAUUAUGCUCACAACUGUUUCCUUAAGGAUGGGAAACCAUUCCGCUACAUUUCAGGCAGCAUCCAUUAUGCCCGGAUUCCCCGUUUCUACUGGAAGGACCGUCUCUUGAAGAUGAAAAUGGCAGGCCUUGAUGCUGUUCAAAUGUAUGUUCCGUGGAACUUUCAUGAACCUGAGCCAGGAGUUUACAACUUCAGAGAUGACAGAGAUCUGGUGUAUUUCCUGAAACUUGUUGAUGAGAUUGGCUUGUUGGUCAUAUUGAGAGCGGGGCCUUACAUAUGUGCAGAAUGGGACAUGGGUGGUCUGCCUGCCUGGUUAUUAGAAAAAGAAUCAAUUGUUCUUAGAUCUUCUGAUUCAGACUAUUUAGCAGCUGUAGGAAGAUGGAUGGGGGUCUUAUUACCAAAGAUGAAGCCUCACCUUUAUCAGAAUGGGGGCCCCAUUAUUAUGGUGCAGGUUGAAAAUGAAUAUGGAAGUUAUUUCGCAUGUGAUUUUCAUUACCUCCGUUACCUGAGGAAUCUUUUUCGCCAGUACCUUGGGAAUGAAGUAGUCCUGUUUACAACAGAUGGUGCAACAAAGAUUUUUUUGCGCUGUGGAACUCUUCAAGGCCUUUAUUCAACCGUGGAUUUUGGACCACAUACCAAUGUCACUGCAGCAUUUUUAACUCAGAGACAAACUGAGCCUCAAGGCCCCUUGGUCAAUUCUGAAUUCUAUACUGGUUGGUUAGAUCAUUGGGGCCACCCCCAUAAUAUUAUACCGUCACCAGCCAUAGCAAAAACUCUUAAUGAAAUCUUGGCACAUGGAGCUAACGUUAACCUAUACAUGUUCAUAGGAGGCACUAAUUUUGGCUACUGGAAUGGAGCCAAUAUACCAUACAUGGCACAACCUACUAGUUAUGAUUAUGAUGCCCCAUUGAGUGAAGCAGGGGAUCUUACAGAGAAAUAUUUUGCUCUCAGAGAAGUCAUUGGCAUGUACAAGGAUUUGCCAAAGGGGCCUAUACCUCCAACAACUCCUAAGUUUGCAUAUGGAGAAGUUAAAUUGAUGAAGGUUGGAACAGUGACUGAACUGCUGAAUGAUUUUUCCCCAUCUGGACCAAUUAAAAGCAUGUAUCCUUUGACGUUUGUUCAAUUAAAGCAGUAUUUUGGAUACGCAUUAUACAGAACGAAGUUACCAAGAAACUGUAGUAAGGACAUUCUUUCUUCAUUUGAUGGCAUUCGUGAUCGGGCCUACAUCUCUGUGGAUGGGAUUCCUCAGGGGAUUCUUGAAAGAAGGAAAUUCUUGAAAUUGAACAUAACUGGGAAUGCAGGUGCCAAUCUGGAUUUGUUGAUAGAAAACAUGGGUCGAGUCAAUUAUGGACGAUACAACAAUGACUUCAAGGGUCUGAUUGUGAAUUUAACUCUUGCUCAAGAUAUCCUCUUUGACUGGGAAAUAUAUCCCCUGGACAUUGACAGAGCAGUGCAAGGAGGUUUCAAUCAUAAGAUAUCUGGAAAAAAUGUAUCAACAUAUGAAGGGCCAAGUGUUUAUACUGGCAAUUUUUCCAUUCCUAUUGGAAUUCCAGAUUUGCCUCAGGACACCUAUCUCAAAUUUCCAGGUUGGACAAAGGGACAAGUCUGGAUUAAUGGCUUUAAUUUAGGACGCUACUGGUCAUCCCUUGGCCCUCAGUUAACAUUGUUUGUGCCUAGAAAUAUCCUUGUUUCAUCUUCUCCAAAUAAUAUUACCAUUCUGGAGCUGGAGAAAUCUCCUUGUGGCAUCCAGAAUUGUUUAGUGGAAUUUGUGGAUAAGCCAAUCCUCAAUAAAACUCUUGAUUAUGAAGGCAAUUUUGAGAAGCUGUUGUCUAAUGAUUUGUGACUGAAUCCUAUGUAAUUCUGCUUGAUUUACUGAUUGUUGAGUCCAUCAAAAUAUUCAGAUUGAAAUGCUUGGAUAGUGGUGAAAAGUCUUACAGCUCUAAGUGGUUCUUAACAUGAAAACGAAGACAUAUUUUCUGAGCUUCUAAAAUAAUCGCUUGAAAUUGAUGAAAUCUCAAUUCUAUUUAAUUGAUUUUACCAUAUAUUAAAUCAAAAUGAUAAUUACUUAAAAGCAUCUGGGUGUUAUUUUAACACCCAAAUUUAACUGGAUAUUCUUAGAUGUAUCACACUCUGUUUUCCUUGGACAAUUGUAGCUUUUCAGAAUAAACAUGUUUGGUUCUGGAAUAUGUUAGUGUUUUUAUUUAUCUGUCUGCACUAAAAUUGAUGAAAUUAUUAAUACUGCAUCCAUCAUGGUUCCCCUUCAUCUUAAAUAUCUGAAAAUAAAUGCAAAAUUGGCAAAAUUAUAAUGCACAACCAAGUUAGUAUAAAGUCCUUAAUCACAAAAAUAGUUGGCUAUUUUAAGUUAUUUUUAUUAUACUUUUAAAGUAUACUUAAGUUUGAUUGUAUCAUAUAGAAAGUGAAAUUACCUAGCUAAUCAUCAUCACAAGACCAGCCGUUCUGGAGAAUUCUCCCAAUGGUUUACAUGCUCAGGAUGAUUUACAUUGCAGAUUUUUGAAUUGUCAGAAGCGGUUCAUGAUGUUCUAGACAUGGCUAUAGCCCUGAAAUUAGCCGUUGCAAAAUAAUUUUUAUAUACGGGUCGGUUAGUCACUAGGAAUCAAACUUGCCUUGAGAAAAGUCUAUUGCAUAGGCAUAAGUCCCUGAUUUCUAUUGGUGCCCCUAAUUCUAUAUACAAAAGUAACUUUGUUAAGGAAGCUCUUCUACCCUUGUAUGAAUGUUAAUUACAAGUGAAACUCAAAAAAUUAGAAAAGUUCAUUUAUUUCAGUAAUGCAACUUAAAAGGU